UCCAACGUCAUAACUUUUAUAUGCCUGUUGUCUUUGUCCAUGGAGUUUUCUUGGCAGGGAUACUGGAGUGGCUUGCCAGUUCCUUCUCCAGGUGGAUCACGUUUAGUCAAAACUCUCCACUAUGACCUGUCCAUCUUGGGUGGCCCUGCAUGGCAUAGCUCAUAGCUUCUCUGAGUUAUUCAAGCCCCUUCGCCACGACAAGGCAUUGAUCCAUGAAGGGGAUCAAUGCAAUAUAGUCAUUAUGUAUUUGCAGUUUUAAAUGUAAUUUUUAAGACUUUUUGUUAGCAUGGUUUUAUUAGAAAUGUUAGAAAUUUCAGAAGGAAGAAUGGCGUAGAAGAAAACAACAACAACAAUAAAAAAUGUGAACUUCUUCAAUUAAUAAGACACCCAUAGCAGCUUAGAGAUAAAUUUACAGGACUAAAAUAAAAUCCAAAAUUCAGUCAAAAAGGCAUAGACACGUAUUUCUCUAAAAUUUUAGAUUAAAACUGUUUACAGCUCAUAUAUUUAUUGAAAGGUUUUUGCUAUUGAAAGGUUUUGUCAUACGUUGGUUCUCAAACAGAAUCCGUUCCGGAAGUCUGUUUGACUUCCGAAAACAUUCGAAAACCAAGGCGCAGCUUCCAAUUGGCUGCAGGAGCUUCCUGCACUCAAUUGGAAGCCGCGUUGGAGGUUCAGCUUCCAAAAAACACUCAGUCCCAGGUUUGUGGCAUUUGGGAGCCAAAAUCUUCGAGUCACAAGGCGUUCAAGAACCAGGGUACGACUGUAUACCGCAAAACCUGGAAGGAUCAAGAAUAGCAGGGUGACAGUGCUUUGAAGUCCCAAAAAUCAGCUGAUGGUUUGGAAUUCAAAGCAAAGUGCAAAGAAAGCUCAUCAAAGGAGAGACCUGCUGCUGAUAAAAACUGAGCUCCCUUGAAGACAGCAGCAUUCAAAGCAGGGUUUCUCUUGUCCUCAGACUAAGUGGUGGUUCUCAUGCUUGAUCUGUCCAAAUUAAUUCUGUACUCAGGAUUACUUUUUGGUAAACUUCAGUAUUUGGUAAACUCCAAGCAUCUUCAGUCAUAUAAUUUUGGGAAGUACAUCUGUAUAUGCUGAACACACAGGUUUGUCAUAUUCAUACUUGACAAAAUUAAAAAUUAUAAGAAGGAAGAUAAUUCAGUGAAUUAGCUGCUACUUUUGAAAGAAAACUUGAUUUGCUUCUCGGUCUCAUGGAGUUGGUAUAAGGGUCAGAUGACAGAAACCCAUAUAAGCUGCCUUCAGUGUCUGGGAGAUAGGUUAUAUAUACACAGGUGGUGCUGUGGGUUAAACCACAGAGCCUAGGGCUUGCCGAUCAGAAGUUCGGCGGUUCGAAUCCCCACGACAGGGUGAGCUCCCAUUGCUCGGUCCCAGCUCCUGCCAAUCUAGCAGUUCAAAAGCAUGUCAACAGUGCAAGUAGAUAAAUAGGUACCGCUACAGCGGGAAGGUAAACGGUGUUUCUGUGCGCUGCUCUGGUUCACCAGAAGCGGCUUUGUCAUGCUGGCCACAUGACCUGGAAGCUGUACGCUGGCUCCCUUGGUCAAUAACGCGAGAUGAGCGCUGCAAACCCAGAGUCGGUCACGACUGGACCUAAUGGUCAGGGGUCCCUAUAUGUAUAUAUAUUAAUGAGAAUGAAUGAUAUACAAAAUCUAGUUUGAUAAAAUCAUGUCUAAUUUGGUAGCUUGGUAUUAUCUGCUCAGUUACUUUGGCACUGUAGCAUUUCUCUUGGUUCUGAACACAAACUGAACUGUGGUUUGACUGCCUUGAAGAAACACUCAGGACAAUGCAUUCUGCACACUGCUGCCUGUUGUACACUCAUUAAGGAGAGGAGUAGUGAUUGGAUUGUAACCCUCCACUCUUGGUAGAUGGUCUCCAGGGCAGCAUUUCUGUGAAAGAGGUAGACAUUUAGAAGUGCAGUAAUCCACUUGUUCUCCCUUUCCUGUAUGUGUAUUAUGAUUGCAUGGCAGUGUCACUUCAUUGAUCUUGGGGCUCAGUGAUAUAGGUAAAUGUUUCCUCAAAGUAAUUUGUUUUGGUUUUUUUUUUGCUUGCAAGGUUAUUCCUUUAUAGUUUGGUGAGGGAAUCUGCUUAUUAGUACUUCAUGUGUGCUGUGUAGUCCUAGUUCACUCCUACGGUUAUGAGGAGUUGGAAAAGCUAGAACAGCAAACUCCACUACCCAAAGAAGGCCUCUUAGUUAAGAAUGUAAGAAACUGUGUAUGUUAGUUCCUAAGCAUCUGUAAUUUAGCAAGUGCUAAUCGGGUUAAGCUUUUUCUAGAUACUGGUAUACCAUGGAAGCGCACCAUAUUAUUUUUGUCCUUGGAUAAUGGAUGGCAAAAGGCAAAUUUGCAUUUAAAGUGCAUGAUGAUAUUAUAUUCAUCUGGCUAAUGCAGCAGCCUUUCUUAUUUUGCCUUCCUGGAUCCUAAGUUCUUGAUGAUGCUACAGAGUUAUUUCUUACAUUGACACCAUUCCAUAAAUUCUUAUUGGCCAGCUAAAAUUCAUUGCCAAAAUGUAACGGCAUAAAAGCUGCUGCUUUUCAGUACUGGAUCUGUCCACCUGCAGUGGGGAACUAUGGUUUGAAUAUUCAUGUGCAACCUUGAGCUCCUGUGCUUCUUCUCCCUGCCCUGGAUACACCUGUUCCAGCUCUCAUUUCCUGGUUUGAUCAAAACAUAGUUGGCUGUUGUGUCCAAAUUAGGCAAAAUAUGGCUUGAUCAAGUCAGAAAGUGAAAAGGGGAAUUUGCCCACAGAAGGGACAGGGAAGUGCAUAAGUUCAAGGCUUUGGCAUGAAUAUUUAAAUUCUAAAGUGUGAGAAUUGAAGGAUAUGAGGAGGGUGCAAAGUGUAAGCCCAAUGUUCCAGCACAAACAGCCAAACAAUUGUUUUGCAUCAUGUGUAAAAGGAGGUAUAAAGCCUUCUUGGUUUGGCUGUCUGGGGCCAAGGUGCUCUGGCCCUCUUUACAGUGCCAUGACCAAAUAACCCCUAGAGCUGGGAAAGAGGCAGGGAUUGCUCUGCAGCUACCAGGCUACUUCCCAACCACUGCUGUAGCUUCCAAUUGAGACAGCUGGGGCUCAUCCCAUCUGCCAGAGGUGGUGGUAUGCUCACCAAGGCAAUAAGAAUUAUGGAAGACUGCUGCUAAUGCUGUUUGGUUUUGGUAAUUGUAUAAACCUGUGUAAUGAUGUUUGGUGACAUCACUGUCUGGGGUAAAAAUGGUUUCAGAAAGCAAGAUGAACUCUGAUUAUCAAUUUAUUUUGUGGUAUGAUGAUGAUGACGUAUAAGCGAAAAUCCUAAGAAAAUAAAUAUGACUCAAAAGUGUAGACCCAUUCUUUGACAAUUGACUUGAAUUUGUACUAACUUCAUUUGUCAAUUAACACCUUGGUAUAUACCCUUUACGUUUUUUACACCAAAAGAGAUACGGCUAUGUCUCUAGAGUUCAUAACCUAGCACAAAUCUGAACUUGACUUACUAAAGUAAGUAAAAUCCUAAAGCUAAUAAGGUAGAGCUGUUUGUGAUUUAUAUAUCUUUUGCUCAUACGUUUCUGAAACAGACUAAAUAUUUUAGUUUGAUAUGCAAUUCAUAAUACCUUUAAAUUGGAUUUCAUGGUCUGUGCAGUAACUUUGCUGUAGUGUUCAUGGAGUUAUCUGUAUAAGAUGAGGCUUGUAGACUUGGCUAGAUUUUUAAAAGAUUGAUCUAUUGAAGUAGAACGUAAAUAAGGUUCAGAAGUUUGUACUGCUCACUCUUUCAAUUAAAAUAAACAUGCCUGUUACAUUUUGCAUGUAUAAACUUGCAGUUAACCAUUAGAAGCGGGUAUCAUAUUUCUCAAGGUAUGCACAUAAAAGGAUGCAGGUGGAGAUCAGUGAUCAAUGUUUUGGACUUUUAAAUGAUAUUUCUUUUAAAAGAUAACAAUUAUUAUUAUUAUUUCUAUUUGUAGUGUGCCAGCCCAAUAGUUAACCAGUGCCUCCCACCAGAUCCAAGAAUAAGUACUUGAUCAUCUGGUUCAGCAGAAUGGGAGCGUUAAGUGGCUGCACCAUCAGUAUUGCUCUUACAUGUUGCUGCUUGUGGUUAUUAAAUUAGAUUAGUUUUUGGAAAUGUGCCCUUGUGAUAGGUCUGGGGUGGGAGCAGAUGCCCUUGGACUCUUCUCUCCCUUCUUGGAAAAUUGGAAGGGUUCUUCUGACAGCUGCUGCAAGGCACAGUGAUACAGUCAAGUGCAGGCAUCCCCAAACUUCGGCCCUCCAGAUGUUUUGGACUACAAUUCCCAUCAUCCCUAACCACAGGUCCUGUUAGCUAGGGAUCAUGGGAGUUGUAAGCCAAAACAUCUGGAGGGCCGCAGUUUGGGGAUGCCUGGCCAAGUGCUUCUCUCCCAAUUCUGUGCAUGCAGAAGACUCUACUAUAUCUAUACCUACAGUUUCCUAAUUUUAGAAGUGUGCUAGUGGUUAGUGCAUUUGUUCCUAGGCUUCAGUAAUAGGAUAGAAUAUGGAUGAAUAUAUUAUACUGUAGACAGAUGUUUGGCUAAAGCUGACAGUUUGUAAACCAAGUUUAAAUGAACCCCUCAAAUUGUUCCUUGUGGGCAUGAGAUGCCUGGAGAAAAUGUUGAGUUGAGUAUAUUAGAAAGGUUUGUUUUUAAGGAAGGUAGCAUAACACAAUAUUAGUGCAAAGGAACUAAUUUUAGUAGAAGUCCUGGUGAUUAAUAUAAUACGAGAAAUCUGUGUGUGCCCUCGGUGUUCCAGCUACAGCUGGUCAUCUUGAGCAAACUAUUUUCUUGCUAACAAGACUAGAUCAUUGCAUUACUGAGUGACUGUAUCCCAGUUUGGUUUUGCUUGUACUGUAGAACAAAGUUGGCCUUAAUACUAAGGAGUCUUCUUUAUUAUACAACUAAUUACAUAAUUCAGCAAAUGCUGCAUCUUUAGCCAGAGCUCUAAAACAAUAAAGCUGAUUCUUAACUUGUUAUUAUUUUUAAAUAUAUUUUAAAUAAAGCAUUAUACAAUUUUUAACCAUUAAAUGUGUUAAAAGAAGAGCACGAUAUUUUAUAUUGGUGUUUAGCAAAAUAUAGGAAACAGGAUCUGGUGGUAAUAUGCUACCUGUUGUCCUAAUGAUACUGUCGAGUUUUAUGUGCAUUACUGCAUUUCUGCAUCUUUACACCUGCAUUUGUCUGCUUUAUGUUGAGCACUGAGAUGUUUGCAGCUGUGGGUUUCCAGGGAUGCUCAUUUGAUCAAACCUUACAAGUUUCUUCCUGUUCCCAGGGCACCAAAUGCAUUGAAGUAGUUCAGUGUAAACAUAUGAAAAGCGGAUGUUAUAUACCUCCUCAGAUCAGAUCUAUCUUUAAAAGCCUCCCUGUGCUGUCCUGUGAACCAUGAAAGAAAGCUUGACAGUAGACAAUUGUGAAGUGCUCUGACAGUUAUUCAUCUUAAUCUUACUGUUACCUUGUCUAUGUGUUUUGCGCUUCUGGUGUAUAUUGUCUUUGAUCUUGAGUGGAGAAGACGUCAGUCAUGUACAACACAUAGCACAAUGGGACUGCUAAGCAUUAAUAAUGCUAGCACAAAUUUAAGAAUUAAGGCAAGAGACCACUUGAGGACAAUUCAGCUUCAUAUUUGAGGCUUUGGGUUGUUUGCUGCAAAUAGAAGCGGCUAGAUUUAUUUUUAUUUUGUGAAAUGAGCAACCCAUACUGAACCUAUGCUUUAGGAGUCACACUGAUUAAAUAUCUACAAUUACUUUUUGAUAACUGCUGCAAGCAGAACGUUUAAAAGCAUAGCCUGUAACUACCAACAGAAUUUCCAUAGUGAUUUUAGAUGUUCGUACACAUAUUGGCAAAGCUUCAGUUUAAAGCUGUACUCUCUCAUUCUUACUGAUAAUCCAUCUGACAUAAAUCCACACUAGGCACAAUCCAGCCAAAGUUAAGCACUUUUAGAUCCCAUUUAUUUAAAUGGAAGAAGCUCAGUGUGUACUUGAAUGCUCCAUAGAAAUCAGUGAGAUUUAAGCUGCAGUCUUUUAUUAGGAGCGAGAUCCAUGGAAUGCAGUGGGACUUUGUUGAGUUUAGGAGGAUGUUAUAAAUUGUUUAACUUGGCUGGGUUGUGUCUAUUGUAUUAAGCUUUUUAAAAAUCUAAUUCUGAAGUAGAUGACAGUAUAGUUUCUUCAUGGGCAAUGAUAGAGUAGAAAUUAUUUUAAAACAAAAGUAUUAAUGCAAAGAUAUCUAUUUAGUUUGUAACACAAACUAUAUGGUGUGCAGUGUCAUUGGUUUCCAAAAUAUAUAAACAACAAGGAGCCAAUGGGCUCAUAUUCUUAAAGCAUAAAUAUUUAUCUUACAACCAAACUGAAUGGUAAAAAUAUUGAUAAAGAUUCACACUUGAAAGUUGUCAAAAUAUGUGCUGCUGUGUAUUGUUACAAGUAUUGUUGGUGAGCAGCCCUUUACAAUCACUUUCCGAGAAACCCAGAGUCACUUCCCAUAUUAUAUUAAUUAUCCAGUCGAGACUAUUUUUGACUGGAUAAUCACAUUUUUAGCGUUUCUACUUUUUGUUGUUGUUGUCUGCAGAUGAGCUAUAAAUGUGCCAAGUUUAUUCUUUCUAGCUUGUACAUAAGUAAAACUAUAGCAAUUGUAUAAAUAAGCAACAACAUCUAUUUUGAUUAAACAUCCCCAAGCCCAUUCAACUGCUGCACACAAAGAAUAAUAGAAUCAUAGAAUUGGACAGGUUCCCAAUGUAGUGCAACCCCCUACAGUGCAGGCAUUGCAAACCAUGGUCUGUUCCCUAUCCAAUUCGAAACCAUACUGGACCCUGCUUAGCUUUGCAAAUGUGCUAGCAGUUUUAUUGCACUUACUAGUUGGAGGGAUUAUCAUCAAUGUUAUUUAUUGCACUUACUAGUUGCCCCCCCCCCCAAGGAACUCUGCAUAUGUCAGCCAGGCAGUGACAAUACAAUUUUCAAUUUCAUCUAGGAAAACUAAAAAAAAAGUCGCUUUUUUAUUACAUUUCUAUACCACCAUUUUCUUCCAAGGAGCUCAAUGUGGUUUACAUGGUUCUCCUACUCCCCAUUUCAUCCUUACAACAACCCUGUAAGGUAGUUUACUCUAAGAGAUGGUGACUGGCCCAAAGUUACCCAGUGAGCUUCAUGGCUGAGUGGGGAUGUAUUUUGGCUUAGGAUAUCCUAAGCAAAACUAUAUGUUGCGUCAGGAAAAGUGCACUUUUUACUAUGCUCCCCUGGAUUGAUUUUCACUUGAGAAAUCACAUGGCCAUCAUUUGUUAGCCAAUAUGUUAAUUCAUAAACAAAAAAUAAGAAACUUAACAGUUUUAGGGAGUAUUUUUAUAUUCCAGGGUGAUUGUCUAUAAGGGUGAAAAAAGUCUCAAAAUUACACGGCAUUUGGGCUGAGUUUUGUUUGAAAAACUUCAAGGGGACAGCCCAUUUGUAAGUUUUAUUUGCUCUUCUUGGGAUGUGUUUUGCUUCAGCCACUUUUUAUUUACAGAAAGAAAACUGUAAAUGACAAGUGGCUGAAACUUCCAUAUAGUUGACAAUAAAUUAAGCUACUUUGUGGGUCUACUUUUAUGUAACUUUAAUAAUGAAAAGUCACCCUGAGUGGGUUACAACCCCAUUUUCUGCGGGGGAUAUUUAUUUAUAGGAACAGUUAUGAUCACAGGGCAGCAUGCAGAAAUAUGGCAAAGACAUAGUAAGCAGAGGAAAGUGUUCGAAGAAGCAAUUAUAGGGCUGAGGCAUAGGCAAACUCAGCCCUCCAGGUGUUUUGGGACUACAAUUCCCAUCAUCCCUGACCACUGAUCCUGUUAGCUAGGGAUCAUGGGAGUUGUAGUCCCAAAACAUCUGGAGGGCCGAGUUUGCCUGUGUCUGGCUGAGAUGCCGUUCAUUUCAUUUCUGCCUUAUUUGAUUGACCAACUAACUGGUUUCUACUAGAUGAAAUCUAGAACACACUUGUAUCUUUUUAUGUGGUUAUCUGAUAGUAAUAGCAGGAGUGGGGGCUUCUUGCUCCUCAGCCCUAGAGGAGUCAGGGUCCCUCUUCAGGGAAAUUUUAUCCUUUCUUCACAUUUAGCUUAGCUUUUAAUGAGCAUGUGCAGGCAUCUUUGAACAGUAACACCACUUAGGGCAACUUGUAAAUAAGCCCACAAAAGUUACCAGCCUUUUUUUUUUUUUACUAGUUUGGAAAUAAGCUAGUAUUUUGUGUUUUCAUCCUGGCCACAGAGGCCAACCCCUCUCCUCUGUAGCCAACAUGGAGAUUCAAGCUACUAGCCUCUUAGAAGGCUAUUUAAAAGAUCUUCUACUAAGCACAUUGGCAGAAAAGGGUUGAGGCAAUUUGUCCUUCCUCUGGCAGUCUGCUCACUUGUCUUCAUGGAAUUUCAUAUCCUUAUAUCCAUGGAAUUCUGGUCUCUUAUGACUACCAAGCAAGUUAUUGAAUACAAGACUGGUUUAGCAGAAUGGAGGAAUAAAUAACACACAGUUGAACAUCACAGUAGCCAGGUUAUGAGUACCCAGGAGCCUGAGCUAACCAAUCAUUUGCAUUUAAUGAGAGGUAGACUCUUCAUAUUACAUAGUGUGAUGUUCUAUAAAACUUCUUGGAAGGUGUAAAGUCCUAGGAGGCAGCUUUUAAAUAAUCAAAACAACUUGCUGUGCUCUUACUAUUAUUGUAAAUUGGGACAGGAAGGUUAUUCAUGAAGAAUUGGUAGUACAGUGGUACCUCGGGUUACAGAUGCUUCAGGCUACAGACUCCACUAACCCAGACAAUUUGGGAUUGUUCCAUGUAAAGACAUGACAGCCAUCCUGUAAUAAAAAGUAAAGGCAAUUGCACAUACCAGAGCCUCUGAACUAAAGGGUACUUUUCAGUCAAGAACAGAGUAGAGAAGAACUUUUGGACAGACAUAAUGCAUGAAUGACUUCAGGUAGAAAUAUCUACUCUGAUUCAGCUGCUGUAAAAGCCACCUGCUUUUCAAAAGAUGGUCUUCGCAGAAUUUCUAGUUGAGAUGAAUACAUUUAUUCUUCUAUAGCACACAAAUAACUUAACCAGUCUCCCACUGAUUUCACACAUCCCCAAGAGUAAUACCGGUUUACAGAUGUUUAGACAAUCUCACUUUGACUGUGUGCCAUCUGAAAAUUGAGGGAUGUCCUCCCCGGGGUACUAAAUCACAAAAUAUCUUUCAUUUACAUGGGUGGAACACAAACAUUUGUUGGUAUUUGAUAUCUGGUCAAUAGACUUUUCUUACAGUUGCCCUUGAUAUUUUUUCAGUAAUUUAUCUAACGUCUACCAUAAGUAGUUAAAGCAAUACCUUAAUAGUGAGUACUUGGCUGUACCUUUUCUAAAUACUAAUGCAUUGUUUGAUCUUAAUUUGUGUAGGAAGAAUACUGACAAUUGAAUUGCUGCCUUUAUACUGUAAAAAAUUGCAAUAAAGUGGGGAUGUCAAGAGUCUCCACUCCUCCACCACCUGGAGAGAUGUCCAGUGGUCCUAUAGCUGAAAGCUGGUGUUACACACAGGUUAAAGUUGUAAAAUUUUCUUAUAUGUGGACCAUUAAUAACUUCAGCUUCUGCCGAGAAGAAAUGGGGGAAGUUUUAAAGAGUUCUACUUUUUCAUCAGGGCCAAAUGACAAAAUGAAAUGGUGCCUGAGAGUAAACCCCAAAGGACUGGAUGAUGAAAGCAAAGAUUACCUUUCACUGUAUUUACUUCUAGUUAGUUGUCCAAAAAGUGAAGUGAGAGCAAAAUUUAAAUUUUCUCUUUUAAAUGCAAAAAGAGAAGAAACGAAAGCAAUGGAAAGCCAAAGAGCAUAUCGAUUUGUUCAAGGCAAAGAUUGGGGUUUUAAAAAAUUCAUUCGAAGAGACUUCUUACUUGAUGAAGCUAAUGGUCUUUUACCAGAUGAUAAGCUUACGUUAUUUUGUGAGGUGAGCGUGGUCCAAGACUCAGUGAAUAUAUCAGGACAGUCCAGUACAAACACACUAAAGGUACCUGAAUGCCGACUAGCAGAAGAUCUAGGAAAUCUCUGGGAAACAACAAGAUUUACAGAUUGUAGCUUUUAUGUAGGUGGACAAGAGUUCAAAGCUCAUAAAUCUGUUCUUGCAGCUCGUUCACCUGUUUUUAAUGCAAUGUUUGAACACGAAAUGGAGGAAAGCAAAAAGAAUCGUGUAGAAAUAAAUGAUGUAGACCCUGACGUUUUUAAAGAGAUGAUGAGGUUCAUUUAUACCGGGAAAGCUCCAAACCUUGAAAAAAUGGCUGACAGCUUGUUGGCAGCAGCAGACAAAUAUGCACUGGAACGGCUAAAGAUCAUGUGUGAAGAAGCUCUGUGUAGUAACCUCUCAGUAGAAAAUGUUGCAGACAUCCUCAUCCUCGCAGAUUUGCACAGUGCGGAGCAGUUGAAAGCACAAGCAAUAGAGUUUAUUAACAGGUGCAGUGUUCUUAGGCAACUUGGUUGUAAAGAUGCGAAAAACUGGAACAGCAACCAAGCCACGGACAUCAUGGAAACAGCCGGCUGGAAGUCAAUGAUCCACUCCCACCCCCACUUAGUAGCUGAGGCCUUUCGAGCGUUAGCAUCUGCACAGUGUCCACAGUUUGGCAUUCCACGCAAACGACUAAAACAGUCAUGAAAUCUUCCAUGAACUAUAGAGAGUAAAAGACUCCUCAUCCCUGUCCAGAGGGGUUUCCACAGACCAUCUGCCAGAAUUUGCUACCCCCUGUCCACAGAACAGAAAGCUUUUAAGAGUGGAUAAUAAUAUAUGGUUUAAUAAUCAGCUUUAAUUUAGACUGAUAACUCUCCAGUUCACUGAAAGGCCUUAACGUCAGUUACUCGAGUUCAUUUGUGGUUUUUCUUUUCUUUUUUAAAUUGUGCCUCGUCUUUUUGACUCGGCUAUGUAGGAUUGCACUAGCUCCAUAAUGCAGUAAUGCUGAUAAAUGAAGACCGUUAUUGAAAGGGAUCUUCCUUUUAAAAAAACAAAAACAAAAACCCAUAAUGAAGAGUAUAAUUUGGUCUUGUGGUAACUGGAAGGUUUCAACUAGCCUCUUAUUAAAAGCGCUUGAGUUGAGGGGCAGCAAGCACUCCAGUCAAAGUACUGUAUUUAGGGUGCAUCUGUCUACCUUCAGAGGGUGCUGUCAGGCAUGCUGUGGCAAUAUAUUACUCUGAAUAUAAUUUAUUUUUCAUUGGUUCAGGUGAGUGAGAGAAAUAUGCAAUGUCCUGGCCCAGAAAUGUAUUUUGCUAGAAUUUCUAAAUGCUUACUCCGUGAGUGUCUCCAUCAGAUGUUAAAAGAAACACACAGUAACCCUUUUUGGCCUGUGUUCAUUGCUAUUUUACAUUUACAUUGUACUGAACCAGAGCGAAAGCUAGUAUGGAGAGAGAACAAGUGAUAUAUGCUGGGGAAGAAGUGGUUAUUUCUCACAUGGGAUACAUGGAAGGUCAAGGAUGCAUAAGAAUGACCAAAUGUAAAUUUCAGAAAUGGGCCAAAUUAUGGAUUCUCAGUAUGCACUUUUAAUGUGUAACUUUUGUAUGUUGUGUGGUACAUAUAUAUUUUGGUUUUGAUAAAUAUGGUACAGCAAUUGUGGCCUAACUUUUGAAAUACAUUAAGAUGCCCACAGCCACAUGGGAUUUAGUUUUGUUACUGCAAACAAGGAAAGCAUGACUUUAGAGAUGUUGAUUCAAAGUGACUAUCUCAAGUGUUCAUGUUAGAAUCCAUUCUAUUUUCACACUCUGGGCAGGCUUAGCUAUGUUCCUUUAGUGUGUGUAUGCACAAGCCUGUUCACACUAGUGGAAGUUGCACAGACACACACUUAACAGGAAGAAUAGGAGUCUGAAAUGUCAGUAUUUAUAAGCACUGACUUGCUGUUUUUAGCAUUUGCUAUUGUACUAGCAUUGUGGAUGGUAUUGAAAUUCUGCAUAAUGUGAAAAGGAUAUAACAACCUGUAAACUGCUUGUAAAGGGCCAGUUUUUCUAUACAAACCUUCGCUUUAAUGCCACCACUUCCAGUGUUUUUGCUAGCUUUGUUUACAGUUGGGAGGAUUUGUCUGCAGCAGUGCACAUUUGUAAACGCUUCUUGACUGAUUGACAAUGAAUUUUACUUUAAACCUGGUGAUGUGCUAGAUCUGUUGCGUGGUAAAAGUUGUAUUUAACAUAGGAAAAGGGAAUUGCUCUGAAUUUUUAGCUAAAUAUUUUAAUUGACCCGUUUGAUUCACAUGCUUACUCUAUUAAGGUUUGUUUACCUUCUCAAAAUGUGCCUCCUUUCUGUUUUCAGUGAGGAGCAUUGACAUGUUUAAAGUUCUCGAGCAUGUUUAUUAAUUUGAGUAAACAUUUAUUAAAGAACAGUUGGGGGCAAACAGAGUGCUCCCAAGCCAGCACAGUGCUAAAAUGUGAAACAUACCCACUUUCUGGCUAAACUCACUCUUUAAGGUGACUUGAAUGCAGUAUUUAAAUUAUCAUCCUUCAGGCACAAUUAAAGGCCAUUUUAAUUGCACUCCUGGUGGUUUCAGUGGGCCCCAAUAUUAUUCAGUGAACCAAACUGAUACAGAGAUGCAUCAUAGCUUAUAACAUUUAUUGGCAGUUUCUCCUAAUCCAAACUAAGGUUUUGUAGGUGUUUUAUCAGGUAAGCUGUGUCCUUCCAUCACAGAGAAACUUCUGCUGCAGUGUAAGAAAUUAUCAUAAUGAACAGCCUCGCAACGUGAAAGUUGCAGCUAUAAUAUACAGCGUGACUUGACUAUUUAAUACCGUAAUUGUCCAUUUCAGCUUAUUCAGAAACUGCUAGAUAGAGCAAUCAGAUGGAAGAUCUUAAGCAUUUUGUUUACAAGUUUUUAAAAAGCAUAAUAGCACACUUUGUACCAAAAAAAUAAUAAUGCUGUAGGAUACAUCUCUAUGAAAAGUCCACUUGUCAAAUUAACAAAAUGUAUGUCACAUGGUACACUUAGCAGCCAAUCAUGAUAACUGAUAUAAACGCAGGUCCCACUAUGGAAUAAUCUUUAUCUGGAAUUUCAGUUAUCUGUACACAAAGAAUUACACCCAAACCUCACUACCCAAAUGGCUGAUUCAGAUAUCUGAACAGCCAGAGUUUACCCUCUUCCUUCCUUGUUUGUGGCUUGCUAGUCUGCAGCAGCCAUUUCAGGCAGAAACCAGGCAGGGAGAUCAGACAAAUCAUGGAUUAGAAAUGUUCCCAUAGGAAACAUUGGAAACCAUCAGCUUGUUAUGUGAACACUUGCCUAACAAAUGAUUUCCUGGAAAUGCAUUGUGUUCUGAAAGCAGGAGCUGUGUGUAUAUUGUUCAAUGCAUUUGCUAUUAAAAAUGCACAAAAUGGGUUAAACAAAUCCACAUCCCCCCCCCUUAGUGAACCACAUGCAGUGUUGUCACUCUUCCAAUAGUGCUGGCAAGAACAAUUUUCUCUGUCUCACUGCAGCCUGAUUACAUUUCCUCUUGUUCCAUAUUAAAAAAUCCUGAUUGGAACUAGACUUUUCUUUCCAGAGAAGAGAUCUAAAGUCCGUUAGAGGUUCUCAGUGGGAAAAGGUGAGAAAGGUCAUUUUCACUUCCUUCCUCCUUCAGCCUCAGCGCUCCAUCUCCCAGCUGUCCUGCAGGUUCACCUGACCCCCUAGGGCAGCUUGGGGGGGUGCAUGGGGCUAAGGGAGCAGGGAAAAAUUGGUAGGAAUCACCCCUUUCUCCACUGGAGGGCCCUGUUGAUUUGGUUCUGCCCAGUGAUAGUCUUGAUCCUUCCCCUAGUGCUGCAGGAGAAAAGGUCUGUUUGCACAUGCGUUUUAUGGCUGAAUACUUGACAUUUGGUGAGAAUAGGAACAGUCUACUCAUUGGGAUUUUCAGCACAGUUACCCAAGUGCCAUGUUUGGCUUGCCAACUCUGUCCCUUCAAUACCCACCGGCCAUCACCAUCAAACCCCCCCCCCCAAAGGGAGCACCCUGCAUGUUUUGUGUAAUGGUGUGUGAGUUUUUAACAGAUUUAUUUUUCAGAAAAAUAGGACUCUAUUUGCUGUUAGAAGUGGCUGAGGUUUCACUUAAUUGAAGUAUGUGACAAUGUACUUCAGUGAAGGAAACUUCAGUAACCCAUCCAGAUUUCGACAGUCCAUUUACUGCAUGCUGAAGUAUGAAUGCAUAGUGCCUUUUUGAAAUAUAAUGGGAUGAACUUGUUUUUGAAAAUUCUUGGGAAAGGUAUAUAGGAGUACUGAUGUAUGAGGAAUACAUGAAUGCAGAAUAGAGUGGGUAUGUGUACAACAGUUUGUCUAUCUUCAGAAGCUACAGAUGCAAAAUAUGUUUCAGAUGUAUAUUUUCUCUGUGCUCAGUAAACUCUGAAUUCUAAAAUGAGGUUAUUGAUAGAAGAAAGGCUUAAGACGAUUUGUGUUGGGGUUGUGUGUGUGUGUUUUUGUUGGCAUGGUUUCAUUAUUUAAGUAUGGAAUUUCAAUGAGUUUUUGAUGACAUCUGCCUUCUAAGCGUAAGACAGAGUACAAUAUCUUUGUUUGUCCCCUUAUGAAGAGGCUGUUCCUUCAAAGUCAAGUCUAAGUAAUUGUGCUAAGUAAAGUUCCUAUAGAAAUUGCUAGGUUAAACAGUGGGAGAUGCUUUGUUUUUAGGCUAUAACAUAUGAUUUCUUAAACCAAUUUAUGUUUGUCCCAAGUUUUAAUUCUUAUUGGCUGGGUUGAUUGAAUUUUCUUAACACUUCCUACAAACUGUUAGGUACUGGUUUGUUUUACAACACAAGUGCAUUGAAUUGCUUGCUUUCUGCUUGCAGCAAAUGGACUUCCCCUGAAAUGGACACUCAUUUUUGUCAGUGUUUGCUGUGGUUUGCGUUAAUUAUACUCUGUAAUCUAGUUAAUUCUGGAUUUUUAUAUGUCAGAAUGAAGGUUUCUCUUUAGUUCUGUUUUAGAAUCUAAACAUUGGAAGGACUUUAAACCUGGGUCUUAGCUGGGAGUUAUUCACAUUACCUAUCAUGU